GCUCGAUAUUAACUUAUACGAACAUAUUGCUUAAAGAAUACAUUUGUUUUUAGCUAAAAUUUACAUAGCUUGUUCGAUUUGUACAAUUCAAGGGAAAGGCCUAACAUUGUUAAACUACAAUUUACAACCAAUUUUGCAAGACCAUUUAUAAGCGGAAAAUACUUUACUAUUAUGUGUUAGAUAUCAGUUUGGUUCACUGCAUUACUAUUUUGAGGACUCCGGCAGCUACAACCUCAGACGCCUGUAUUUUUUAAAAUAUAAACAAAGAAAAGUGUUUUACAAAAAUAUGCAGUUAUACAUUAGUUGAAACGUAAAAUAUGUGCAGAUAUAAAAACAAUUUAUAGGCAAUCAAAAUUGAACUUUUGAAAUAAAAGUAUACGGUUAUACGUCAAAAAGUUUAAUACAUUUACCAGUAGAAAAAAAUUUUCAAAACUGAUAUGGCGAGCAUAGUACUAAUAGCGUGUUUGGCUGUUUUGGGUCUAAUUAUUGCCAUCGCUCUAUUUCUGGCUGGCGGAUACUUAUGGUGGAGACAUAAAAGAUCCCAAUUACAGUUUAUUGAGCCAAACGAAGACGAGGAAUCCAGUAGUUAUAGUCUUAGGGCUGCUCAGGACAUUGUUGACUCUGGAAAUCCACCUACAAAACCUCAAGUGCCGGCAACGCAAGCUAUCACAACUCCUCUUCAAAAUAACAUUAACAGAAAAUUAAAUGGGUUUUUAAGUCUUAGAACUCCUUUGAUUGGUGGUUCGGGGACUACACAAGCAAAACCACAAAAUGCUUCUUCGGUUGGAAACGUUGGAGAUGGGACUACUAAGGAUUCCGCUAAUAAAAGUAUCUCUAUGACAGACAUGUACCUGGAUAGCACAGAUUCAAGUGAAAAUGUUGGACAGAUACAUUUCUCUUUGGAAUACGAUUUUCAAAACACAACAUUAAUUUUAAAAGUUCUUCAAGGAAAAGAGCUUCCAGCUAAAGAUUUAAGUGGUACUUCUGAUCCAUAUGUUCGCGUCACCUUAUUACCAGACAAAAAACAUAGACUGGAGACCAAAAUAAAACGCCGAACUCUAAACCCAAGAUGGAAUGAAACAUUUUACUUUGAGGGAUUUCCCAUUCAAAAACUUCAAUCCCGUGUUUUACACCUACAUGUAUUUGAUUACGACCGAUUCUCAAGAGAUGACUCCAUAGGAGAAGUAUUUCUUCCCCUAUGUCAGGUUGAUUUUGCUGGAAAGCAGUCCUUUUGGAAGGCAUUAAAGCCCCCUGCCAAGGACAAAUGCGGAGAACUUCUUUCCUCACUUUGCUAUCACCCGUCGAACUCAAUUUUAACUUUAACAUUGAUUAAAGCGAGAAAUUUAAAAGCUAAGGAUAUCAACGGAAAAUCUGAUCCUUAUGUAAAAGUUUGGCUUCAGUUUGGAGAUAAAAGAGUAGAAAAAAGAAAAACGCCUAUAUUUACAUGUACAUUAAAUCCAGUAUUUAAUGAAUCAUUUAGUUUUAACGUUCCAUGGGAAAAAAUAAGAGAAUGUUCCUUGGAUGUUAUGGUAAUGGAUUUUGAUAACAUUGGAAGGAACGAGUUGAUAGGACGAAUAUUAUUAGCUGGUAAAAAUGGUUCUGGAGCAUCAGAAACUAAACAUUGGCAGGACAUGAUCUCAAAGCCCAGGCAAACUGUAGUACAAUGGCAUCGCUUAAAACCUGAGUAAUUGUAAUAUUAACACCAAGAUAAACACCAGUGGGUAUAUCGCAGAAAAAAGUACAUGUACAUUAUGUACAUAAGUUGAUUUAUACUUGCAUACAUAGCAAUAUCAUACCAAAUGGAAAAUCUGCACAAAGCUAAUGUUAUUAUGUUUGAAAAAUUAAAAAAAUAGCCAUCAAAUUCAAAUAAAGUAAUUGUUCUGAUAAGAACAAUAGUUUUAUACAUGCUUAUAUGUAGACAAAUGUUUUGUAAGGACGAAAUACGAGUUAUAAAAUAUAAUAACAAUUGUUCAUAAAAUUCUUUAAAACAAAAUAAAACUUGUUUUGGUUGAUUUUUAUUGCUAUAAAAAACAAAAUAGAUCAC